CUCUCUUUCACAGUCGCGGAGCAGAACAUGGUCAAGGUCAUACAGCCAGGCACGCACGCUGCCAUGGAGCUCUCAAGCCAAGCGUUCUCCCAACCCCCACGGAUGCGACUGAUCACACUUGGGCUCGUGAGAUGAAUCCGCGUCAGGCGUGUACCUUACCUAGUAAUGCAGACGGCAUAGAGUGCCCUGCGCCAUCGAGAGCCUCGGUCCAUGACGACGGCACCUCCCGGCGCGAGGAAUGCCUCCUGCAACGGAACCGCGGGAAAACAAUCGAAAUCGACGAUCAUGAACUUCCCAACUUGAAACCCCAGAUCUCUCGCAACAUUGGCCUGAAGAGAAGAAGUUGCCAAGCACCUCAUGGCACAAUGGCGCGAAACAAACCUCUGCCAACCUCCAGCGGUUUUGGAAGAAGCGGCGGCGGCAGAACCAAGGCAAAAAUGAUGCUUGAGGCACCCAUCACCACCACCAUCACCAUCACUACUACCCGCACUAUUUUGAAACCACGAAGAACCAAGGCCGGACGGCACGAAUCUGACGAGUCGGGCGGGGAGGCAGUGCAGGACUUUGACACACUCUCAAACGCGCCCCGCGUGGGCUGAUCCGAAGUGACUGAUCUGAACGUUCGCCAGGUCCGUUCCCCUGCUCGCCUACUCUAUUUUCGCAGCGCGCGGUCUUGUUUUGUUUUUCAUUUAUUCUUUUUACAUUUCGUUCCGUUCUUAAUCUUCGUGCGAGGUCUGCACCGGUCAUCAAAGCGAUCAAUCUCCUUGCCAAGACUGGAUGAACCGCCCAAGAUUUAUGGUCUCGUGUGUCGGAAACAACUCCUUGAGGGUGGUGGAGUGGCGUCUCACCAAUC